AUGUCCAAACACCACGUUCCGCGUCUGCAUCAACUGGGAAAAUGGAUGCCCUCAUCGCACAGCAUCCACCGCGACUGGCUCGGCGAGAUCAUCACCCACGUCGACCAAAACCCUCGCGACCUGCACCCCGUCCUCGUCGAAUUCCAAGACCUCAUCGAAUCAAACACCCGCGUUUACCUCCUCAUCUCGUCCAUGUUUGAAGAAAUCCCCCACAAAAAGCCCUACUCGCAGGAUCCAAUCGGCAACCCGCAGAUCCGCGACUAUCCGCAUCUGCUGCAGGUGUUGAAUCACCUGCUCACCACCGCGCCUUCAUGGAGCGACGAUGCGCAUCGUGUUCGUCAGGUCGGAUUGCCCAUCCACGCGGUGCUCGACUGGCCGAUGGGUACGCCGAGUGGAUAUGCGGCAUUCCUGGAUCCCGAGGUGAAUAAGAUGAUCAAGAAGAUAUUGAAUGCGUGGGGGGAAUUCCUGCGCUCGGAAGAGUCCGCCGUUGUAUUGAACGAUUCUGAGACGGGCUGGUUUGGGAACAGUGGCAGGGAGUGUCUGGCAUUGGUGGGCAAUGUCGGGCAUGAUAAUGGCACCUUUGAUCCCGCGGCCCAUUCUCCGUUUGAGACGCUGUUUGUGUGUGAUCCGUCAGCCAAGUAUCACGGUUUCACAUCGUGGGAUGACUUUUUUACCCGCCAGUUCAAGCCGGAAGUGCGACCUGUUGCAGCACCGGGUGAUAGCAGAGUCAUUGCCAAUGCGUGUGAAUCCCAGCCAUACAAGGUCGCCCACGAUGUCAAAGGACGCGAUCGAUUCUGGGUCAAAGGACAGCCAUAUUCAGUCAUCGACAUGCUGGCUCACGAUAGUCUGGCCACCCACUUCAUCGGCGGCACAGUCUACCAAGCCUUCCUCAGCGCAUUGAGCUACCAUCGCUGGCAUGCCCCCAUCACCGGGAGGAUCGUCAAAGCCUACGUCGUCGAUGGGACGUACUAUUCCGAACCGCUGUUUGAAGGCGUCGGCAACCCGCAGGCCCACAAGCAGGACAUCGACAUGACCGGAGAAGUCACCGCACAGGAAUUCAUGACGGCCACGGCGACCAGAGCGGUGAUUUUCAUCGAAUCGGACGAUCCGGCGGUCGGGCUGGUUGCUUUUCUGGGUGUUGGGCUGACAGAAGUGUCGACGUGUGAUAUCACCGUCAAGGAGGGCGAGUAUAUUCGCAAGGGAGACCAGUUGGGCAUGUUCCACUAUGGUGGGUCAACAUACUGUCUGCUCUUCCGGAAGGAGGUGAAGCUAGAGGGAUUCCCUAAUCCGGAUAUUAAUCGGAAUGUAUUCGUCAGGAGUCGACUUGCUGUUGUCAAAUAAUAACAUAACUCAUCAUAUUCAUGUAUAUAACCUCAUAUAUAGCUGUAUCAAAGAGUAUACUUAAACAAAGGCGACUUAUCCCCCAUAUCCAACAACUGCUCCUCGCUGUACCUCUCUCGCACCUCGUCCUCCCCAAUCCUUUCUUUCCUCUUAUUCCCCCAGAUAUACGACGUCUCCAAUAUCAACGCCGCUAUCAACCCACUCCCUCCAAACGCCAGACUCAGUCCAAAGCCAGUAUAGUACUUUGGACUCUCCGAGUCAAUGUACAUAUAACUCCCGAUGAUACCACCGAUAUUCCCAAUGCAG